AUGGCGGAUCAGGAGGACGCGAUGUAUUCAAGCGCCGGCCGCAGAGACGAUUCUCCUAUCGACGGAGACCCCAGAAAUGAACGGGAAGGGAGCAGAGAAAGCGACCACGACGACAGAGAUAGACGGCGAAGAGGCGGUGGUUAUGAGAGGGAUUUACGACGCGAAAAUAGACGGUACGCUCCGUAUCCUUCGGCAGAUGAAAGGUCGAAUUCUAGGCGACAGUCUGGAAGCGGCGGAAAGGAGUGUCGUGUAUACGUGUGGAAUCUCCCGUACUCUGUAAAAUGGCAGGAUUUAAAGGACUUUAUGAAGAAAGGUAAUUCUGCUGUUAAGGACUAAUAUUACGUGUAAAAAACGAAAAACUACUACAACAGUUGAGUUCACGCAUGCAGCUGCUGGCUCGACGCUACUCACUUGAAGCGAAAACUUUGUUAGGCAGUAAAGUAGAAGAAGACUCACAAAAACAAUAAGGCGUCCACAAACCCUAGAUCAGACUGGAUGGCAUCAAUUUCUGUAACUCACUUGCUAUAAAUUAAUUAAACAUAUAAUUAAAACCGCUUCCUCGUGCAUGUCCCGCCUUGGCCAGAUAAACCGUGUCAAGCAUGUCUUCGACAAACGUACACUUUUGAUGAUUAUUAAUUCCUUAGUUUUUAGCAGGUUAUUUUAUUGCUCCAAUGUUUGGUCAAAUACCUCNUAAAUUGACUAAAUGAUGAGGAUAAGGUUACGGUGCAGUGGUUUAUCUGAUCCGAUCUCGUCUGAUCCAUGGUUUGUCAAGGACCAUAACAACAUUAAUUAUUUAUUGUAAGCUAACUAUUACGAUUAGCUUAGAUUUUAAAGUUUCUUGUUUUUAUUUUCCACAGUCUCAAAAGUUAGAGUGUCAGACUAAAUUAAAACACUUAGUAAAUAACAUUGGUGGUUAGGUGCCAACAGAGGUAGUAACAUAGGAGAGCAGGAGUGCUAAGUACCAUUUACAUAAACCAUGUAGUUUGAAAUUCUAGGCAUAAACAUUUAACAAUUAAAUUUGAUAUCAUGGGAAGGACCCAGUACAAAUUAUAUCCAAACCAGGUGAAAAGAUAUUCAUCUUCUCAUCUUUCCUCUCCUCUAUUUCCCAAAUGGUACGGUCAUCGCCGUUUGAUUUUUCAACCAAAUUUCCAGUUUUCUCAUGUAAAUGUUAAGUAACCCAGAAAACCUCUCAGCUUCAAGGAGGUCACCAUGGCAACCAUACCACAAAACAUGAAGAACUGCGAAAUACAAAUUUUAAAUGAAGAUAAGAUAUAAUAUCUUCCCUUUAAAAUACCAUGAAACGGCUAAGCAAAUUGAGCAAAAGCAUAUGGCAGUGCCCCUACAAACCUCCCUUGAGUGAAAGGGUUGAAUUGCUUUACGUUGUUUGUUAUUUUUUUUUGGUAGUUGGUGAUGUUGGAUAUGUAGAUAUCAUAGAGGACAGUCAUGGAAAAUCAAAGGUAAAGUUCUGGUCUUUGGUUUCACUUACUCUCUGUAUAGUUGUACUGGUAAAUUCUGGGAUAGAAUUUAUGAGAUCCCGUAAGUCAAAUUGUUGGAAACUAACAAAGAAACAUCACAGUUUUUGCAUGAAAAUUUUUUUAGAAAAUUAGUUUGUGAACAUAAACAUACCUAAGCCUGAACAUUGGAACUAGCAACAUAUUUACAAUAGUGGAAUUAGAAAAUACUUUAGAGGACUAAUAUCUAAUUCAGGAAGGAGUAUCUGCUCUAUAAUAUUUCUUGUUGUUUUAGAACUAAUAGUUUUAGACACCAACUGUGGCUUACAGAAUAAUAAUCAUUAUAUUGUUAUUUAUAGUGUCAGUAAUAGUUAUUUUUUUGUAUUUUUGUAUUUUGUAUUCAUAAUUUUUCUCAGUUUUUAAUUUUUGUUAACUCCCUCUUUUUUGUUCUCUUUUCAGGGAUGUGGGUAAGUGUUUCUAGUACCAUGGCAUUGAAUAGUUUUUUGUAAAAGAAUAGCACUAUUUUUAUUUUGAAAAAUUUUGUGAUAAAAUGACAUUACAUCGUAUGAUUUUGUUUCUUACAAAUAAAAUUUCUACGACGAAAGUUUAAUGAUAGAAUUGCGUAACACAUGGCUAAUGUAAUGUUAUGCUAUCAGCUCUCUGAGGCAUCAAUACAUGAUAUUCAUGUAUCUUUUGUCAGGGUUAACAGUUGAUCGACACACAAAAGAAGUUAAAAAAUAUGUUGGUCAUAGUUUUAUGGCUAUUGAUGAUUUGAAGUUUAUAGCUUAUAUUAGUAUUAUCAAUGAAAAAAAAAAAACAGAAUUACUCUUGAAUAUGAAAGUACGUUGGUUAACCUUUUUGCAGCAUUGUGGAAUUUCGACAUAAAGAUGAUGCAGAAAAAGCCAUCAAAGAGCUCCAUGGGACAGAAUUUAAAGGAAGGUCCAUCCAUAUACGUGAGGUAAAGCCUGGCAUCCAUAGAGUUUUACUGGUACUUUCUUGAUCACAGUAGUUGUCCCAAAAGUAUUAGGGAUUGGAAUGAUCACAACUAUCUGGACAAAUUUGUGGCCUUAUUCAGACUAAAGUUUCUAUCUCCUCAGUUGUCUAGAUCAUCCAAUCUAGUGUGAGACAACAGUCGACAUAUUGUGAUGCCGUAACUGUUUUCAACAUGAAAUGAAGUCCAAGAAAUUAACACAGAAAUGUUGUACUGAUGACUUUUGAUCGAUCAGAUCUGGGCAGUGCUUCUUAUUAGUCAUGCCGCAAGGGAAAUUUGCUUCAGCCAAUCAGAAGCACCCUUGAGAUCUGGGUAGUGACAUGUCAUUAGUAUGGAAUUUCUGUGCUUGUUUUGCAGAUGCCAUUUUGUGGGGUAACCAAUAUUGCAACAUCGAGAAAUGUCAAUUGUUUUCUUAGGCUACAUCACACCUUGCACCAGAGGCAUUAUUUUAUACUGUACAUACAUUACGCUAACCAAUGCCUAACUGUCUUACAGGAUCGGAUUGAAGAAGAUCGAAGUGACAGACGCAGAACCACAUCAUCCAGGGGAUCAGACCUUGGCAGCAGUUAUGGUAGUGGGCAUGGUGGCAGUAGUCUUGCCCUGGGUGGUAGUGGUGGCAGUGGUGGACCUCUUGGUAAUAUUGGAGGCCUUUUAGGCUUGGGGUUUGGAAACUUCGCUCAAGGAAUUAAUUACAAAACUGAUCCGCUGUCAUGCACAGUUUUUGUCAGUAAUGUAAGUUAAUCAGUUUCACUUUCAAGUAUUUGUUGCUUUCUGCGAUUACUUGGAUUUCUUGUGAUGGGUCUUGCAGAAACAAUGAUAUCAUUUCAAAUGCCCACUAUUUAUGGGAAGCUAGCAGCGAUCAUGGAAACUUGAAACAUUAAAUGAGAACUGUUCAUGUAAUGAUUGAGAAUCCAAAUUGAAAUAGGUCUUUGUGAUUUGCUUUUACUUUACAUUUCGGCUGACUCGGCCUUCUUCAGGAGUACAAUACAAUUUAGGUUUGCACCAACAGUACUUUUUUUAAUGUAGACUGAGUACAUCAUGAUAGGUUAGAACUGUGGCAUGUUUGCAAUUUAUUGGCAGUUGCACAAUAACUGGUAUAGAUAAAGUGAAAGUAAAGAACAAUGAAAUGGAAUCAAAUAGAUAAGACAAAAAGAUAUCAGAAAACAAUGUGGACAAAACUAUUGAUCUACCAAAAAUUCCUGAACUCAAAAAUUAGUUUGAUUUUUUUUGCCCAACAGCUUGACUACAGUGUCACCUGGCAGAGACUUAAAGAUAAAUUCAGAGGAGCUGGUAUGUGACUGUGUGUAUUGCAACUUGAUAAACCUCGUAAAAUAACAAUACUAGUAGACAGUUUUAUAACUUAAAUCUAAACCAUGAAAUAUUAAGAAUCUGUUUAUUAAUCCUCCUUUUAGGGGUAGUGUGCUUGCAAGUUACCAACACCAACUACAUUGGAGCCCCACCUUAUGACGACCUCGUUAUUAUGACCAUAUUCUUUCAAUCCAAACGUAAAACACUUGGUCAUUUUAUUAUUUAUUUUGAAGACCCAGUAAAUUCAAUCACCUCGUUAUUAUGACCAGGAUUUUAUGGCCCAAUGGGGGUCACAUUAAUGGGAUUCCACUGUAGUUCAUGGCUAGAAGACUUGAGAAAAAUUUUCAACCCCUGUUUUUUAAAGGUUUUUAAACUUGCUUGCCCAUAGUGUGUGAUGAAAGCACAACAGUCCAUUGGUUUAAUCCACUUAGAAUGACAGCACUAUCAGACAGGCUUCACUUUUGUCACUCAUGACAGCACAGGGCUGUCAAUAAAGGCUGGGAGCCGGGGAUUUCCUCUGACUUCCAUGAAUAUAUACCCCGGUUAUAGGAAAAUAGAAGAAAGUAGAACCAGAAAAAAUCCCUAACUGCUUAAUUCCCAACCUACUUGUUGUAUUUACCUGGCAACUUGAAAUCUUAGUGGCAGCCCUGCAGCAUGAACCAGCUGCAGUGAUGUUAUUUGCAAAUAACAUACUAACAUACUUACUGGGUGACCCUUAUUUUUCAGGCAAUGUUGUCAGGGCAGAUAUAAAUUUGGACUCAGAUCAUAAAUCCAAAGGUUUUGGUACUGUACAAUUUGAAACGGCAACUGAAGCUAUAAAUGCAGUUUGUAUCCUUUCCAUGAAUACAAAUAAAAUAAAAUAACAUAAAAUAAAUAAUGAUUUGGAGGUAGCACAUCCACAAAGUGGUUCUUCGUCUACCUGAUUCCUGGUCGAAUUGGAAUUUGGAAAUGCUGGUUUUUGAAGAGAGGGGAAAACCGGAGUACCUGGAGAUAAACCUCUUGGAGCAAAGGAGAGAACCAACAACAAUUUCAACCCACACAUGGCGUGGGAGGCGAGCGCUCUCACCACUGCACCAUUCCUUGCUCCCCAAUGAAUGAAUGAAUUAACGCAAUUAAUGUUACAGUGUCUGUUGAUUUCAUCUGUCCACUCAGCUAACCAUCCCUGUUUCAUUAGCUACUAUUUUUAGUCAAACCCUGCUUUACUAACACCCCAUUAUUACAGACAGUUUGCAUUGUCUCUAGGGAUUAAAGAAAGCCCGUACAUUUUCUCUAAAUCUAACCCGCUUAACCCUUUAAGUCCCAAUAGUGGCCAACAUUAAUUUUCUCCUAACAAUAUCCAUACAUUGUCAAGAGAUUAAGUUAUGAGAAUUAAUAAAAUGAUCACCUAAGAGAAAAUGCUUUGAUCUUUUAUCAAUUUCUCUCAACUCAUUCUUUAAGGAAAUAUAUAGAGAUCAGUUUGGAGAAUUUGUAUGUGGAUAUUGGGACUUAAAGGGUUAAUAUGGACACACUUUCUAUGGCCCAUUCAGUGUCUGUGUUAACAGGAUUUGACUGUAUUCCAUUUCCAAUGUUGGUUAAAACAUUUAUUCUUAACUGCAUGCGUAACUUAGCCAUGUUCCAUGGCCAUGUUCUCUGUGACAGAGCUAUGAGUGUAAGAUUGGUAAGUUUACUUGGAUCAAGUUAGAUGUCUGGGAAACUGCCCACCUACCCCUCCCCUAAGCCAACAUUAUCACUUCUCACUUAGGGUAAAAUGUUGGCUUAGGGGAGGGGUAGGUGGGCAGUUUCCUAGAAACCUAAAUUGAUCUGUUUACUUUCACUUUUUUUAAUUUUUCAAUUUAAAGAGGCUGUGUCACAAUAUUUUGAGUCAUUAUUGGAACAAGAUUAUCUUGAGAUAUGAGUAAACCUUAAAAUAUUAGUUCCUCUUUCAAAUGAUUGGUUUGCUUAAGGAUUUAUUCACAGACUCAUAAGGCAACAUUGCAAAACGUCCUUAAGGACGGUAAGAACUAAUGAAUUCAUAGUUUGCAUGUAAGUGAUUACACUUGAAUAUUUUUUCUUACAGAAGCUUGCUUUAAAGUUGUUAAUGGAAAUGUGAGAUAGGUGUCCUCUCACACCUCGUUUUUCUUGUAUUGGUAUUAGUCAUGUUGGUUUGGAUAAAAUAUUUUGUCUUCCCUCCUUUUAAUAAAGGAUCGCAAUGCACCCAUCAUGCAGCAACUUAGCAAUACAGGUCUUAACAACCCAAACAUGAACCGAGGAGGAGCUGGAGCUGGACCAGGGGCCGGCAUGAAUCCCAUGGCGGUGUUACAACUGUUUCAAAGUCUUCAAGGGCUGACUCAGCUGGCCCAGUUAACAAACAAUCUUGGCGGUGGCAGUGGUGGAUUGGGCGCUGCGCUUGGUAAUCUGUCUGGAGGUGGUGGAAUUGGAGGUGUUGGUGGACCUGGAGGGAUACCUGACACUCCUGGCAGCAACCCUCUUGCAGCACUUGGCGGACUGGGAAUGCUUGGAAGCACGUUGCUCGGUGGAGGUGGCAGUAGUGGCGGCGGUGGUGGGAACAUGGGUGGAGGGCUUGGUGGAUCACAUCACAGUGAUGGUGGAACUGCGGGUCGGCAGGUUUUUGUGAGAAAUGUAAGUACUGCUGAUCUAUGAUGUUUAUGUUUGCGAGCGGGGUUUCUAAGGUUCUUGGAAAGGGCAUCAUUUUCAGCCCAGAACAGUUUGAAGAAGUUGCAUAUCUAAGAAUAUCAAAGGUACAUGUAGAGUGGAGAGGUAGCACCAAAUCAUUGGCUAAUUCUGAAAAUGUUGAUUUCAGAAAUCUGUUGUUUCUGGAACAGAUGCAGUGAAAGCCAUAGAGCAUGCUAAGAGUAGUGAAAUGGUACAUCUGAGGGUUCUGUGUACAAAUAUAUCUGAUGUUGUUAAGUUGGAGUUUAAUGUACUUGAGAUCUUGAAAAGGCCAGGAAAGGUCUAUAAUUUAUCUUGAGCAGUGUUCUUGUUUCUUGUUGUAACGUUUGUACUUUUUGGUGAAGUGAUUGCAAAUUAUAUGUAAUAUGAUAAGAAGUGGUUUUACAAUCCACAUUCUUACUGGCCGAGAAGUCUAAAAGUUUUACUUGUCUUCUUGCGCUGGGGGUGCGAUCUUCUUCUUUGGUGAACUGUGGCCUUCGGCUUAAAAUUUCAUCCAUACUCAAUAAGUUAUAACCACCUUGUAGGUGUAUCAUAAUAAACAGUACCACAGGAAAGUACUGCUCAUUAGCUUUCAAUUGAAUGGUCACUCUACUGGAUUUCAUCCACAGAUUCAAAACGUACUACCACCUUGUACAGUGUAAUAAGCAGCAUCACAGGGAAGAACCACUAAGUCGAUUUCUUGUGCAUGGCCAUACAUUAGGGAUUUCCUCCAUAGACUCAAACAUUAGAAGUAAACUUUACACAACAUGGUAAAAGAACGCUUUGAUCGAUUCAUUUGACUGGUCACUUUUUGAGUUGAAGCCCAUCUCAAGUCAAAAUCAGAACUGUAUUCAUGACUGCACAGGAAUGUCUGGUUAUUGAUGAGAAAGGUUAUAACUCUCUGCAUCUGUGGGUUCUGCUCUAUUUUGGAGGGUGGUUUGUUUAAUGUGGGGAUUGGAAUAUUUUAACAGCUUCCUUGGCGUUACACUUGGCAAGACUUAAAGGACAAGUUUAAAGGGGCAGGUAAGUCAGUUAAUCAUAUAAAAGUAUAAAAUAUUAACUAUUGUGAAUUGCUGAUGUCGAUUAUGAUGAAUACUAAUAUCACCAAAUACCAAAAACAUUCAUGGACACGUGCAGCUGAAUCUGAGAGACCUUUUCAUUGACAGACUGAAUUUAUUGGACACCACUUAGUCCGAUUACAAGUAUGAUUACAGACCAAAUUGGACGAAUUGAAGUUUUGUCACCAAUAUUAUCAAUCAUAACUAUGACAACUUUCGAUAAUUUAUGCAUUUCUUUAAAGAAAAAAUGAAAUCCCAGUCUAGAGCAUGUGCACCAUGCCAUAUACUGUCCAAUUUAAUUUAGUCAUGACAUAUACUUUCCUAGUGGUCCGUCCUAUUCAUGAUGAAAUCAGGGCUGCAGAUAGCUAAUUUUGUUAUACUGUAGUUAUGAUUGAUAAUGGUAAUAGGAGUCCAAUUUGGUUUGUAAAUUGUAUGAGUGAUUGACAAAAUCGGACAAUCACAGCAGGAGUUCAACUCAGUGUUUAAUCAUGAGUAUUAUUACGUACUGAAUUGGAUGACAUGAUCAUAUCAUUAAUCAUAAGUAUAACAAAAUGUGUGAUAUUUUAGGCAUUUUAAAAAUUAAAACACAAGAUAUUCGAGAGUUUUUGCUAGCAGUGAAAAACGAAACCAUUCAAGUGCAUGCAUGCGAUGGCUUGUACUGUCCAAUGAGGCAUGACUUUUACUGUCCUAUUGUGCUGAAAUCAGGACAGCUGACAGCAGUCAGAUUUGAGAAUUUUGUCAUUGUUAUGAUGAAGGCAGUUAGUGAUUGAAAUCUUAAUUGCUUUUUUUCCGAUUCAGGGAGAGUUGUGCGUGCAGAUAUUAUGACAGAAUCUAGUGGAAGAUCAAAAGGCUGUGGGACGGUGUUGUUUGAAACUUCUGAGGAUGCAGCCCAUGCAAUAUGUAUCCUUAAUUUUUUGUCAUAA